GGCUGUCGUUGUUGAAUGGCCCUGAAAGCGCUGAGUUAGGGGCGAGUGCAACCGAACAUUAUGGCAAGUUACGAUGGGAACUUCUUUCCGUGCUAUGUGAUUGCGACGACAAGAACGGCCAGCAGUAGCGUGUCGCCGAUUUCGUCUUUGCCGACAUCGAACAAGUACAGCUCGCCGGACCGUGGCAAGGACCCGAAGUGUUGCGGUCUGCACUGCGUCGUCUUUCAUUGUGAUGUGAGAGAUCGUAACGCACAGAGACUGCCGGAUGCAUACGAAAGCCUACCAGCAGGGAGUGACUGUGCCAUUUUUCUCUUUACGUCUCAGGUAUUCAGGAAGCGGCAACAGCCACAGGAAGUAGCCAUCUUAUCCAGCACGUUAUGGGUAGAACUUGGCGGCUCCUGCCUUCCGCCACCAUCCUGUCUCGACUGCGUCCACUAGAGAGUUGGCAACCUUAGUGAUGAUGCCAAGCAGGCCAAUGGCAGACGGCAAGAUGCAGGUAAAUACAUGCAAUCCAGCAGUGUCUUCUUGACCGAAGCAGCCUGUAGCCACUCGGCAAUGAAUUAACCUGGAAGUAGUUCCACUAUUCCACGUCCCACUAUUGGUGCAGCAAUGCUCAAGUCCACGCAAUUUGUUUUAGCCGCCAAAAGGCUAUGUGGAUUAGACGAACCAUGAUGCACAUUUUGAUACUAGUGGAAACCACUUAUAGAAUUUCUUCUUGCUUAGCACUCAAACUACUUUGA